AUGUGGCAGAGCACAGUUGUCCUGCAGAAGCGGAGCUUUCCAUGUUUUCAUAACGGUGCUCAGCUGGUGGCCUGGAAGGACACUGUGUUCCUCUGCUGCCUCGUGUCACACAUGCUUGUCCGUCUGCUCUCAUUUCUCCUGUCACUGUACAGCCUUGACACCUCCAUCCCUGCCCUCAAGAAAAAUGGACCAUGUCAUUUCAAAGCCUGGAACUGUCACCAAACCCAGGAAGGAAUGAAACCUGGUAGUUAUUUUUAUGCAGGCCUGAACAUCAUCAUGUGGCAGAAUCUUCCUCACCAGAAGGCACUGAAACUAAGCAAUGACCUCAGCUUUCCUGAAGGCUGCCUCAUCUGUCCAGAGCAAAAACCUUCUUGCCCGGUUUGUGUGCAAGAGUUCUGUCAGCAAUCUCUCAAGUCUGAUGGUUUCUCAAAGGCCCAAGAGUCUUGUAGUCAGACACUGAAGAAAACCACUAUUUGUUUCAUUAUUAGCAAGUUGCUUUGGACUGUUGUUACCUGUAAAUGUUUCCACUUGUUUUCCCUUCCCAGAACCUUCCCCUGGUUUGACCUGACAGCUGUGCCACUGAGGAAGUCUCUCUUUAGCCAGCUGCUAGGAAAGAGAGAGCUUGUCUGGUGCCAUCUGAUGCCUGGUGCUCUACUGUACCGGACACCCUCUGGAGAUAGUAUUACAAAGCAAUAUGGGCUGGUCAGCACCAAGACAUCUCUCACUGCAGCUGCAGUGGAGCCUAGCAUGGUAUUGGAUGACAAAUCUCUAUUCUCCACAGCUGCUUCCAACAGUUUCUGAGAAAUUCCAAAGGAAAAUGCUGAUCAUGAUUCUAAAUCUUCAUAAACCAUAAUGAAGCCCAUGAGGAAUGCUUUGCUGAGAUCUCAUCCCAGCCCCUUCAUGGGACUAAGUGGUGCACUGUUAACUGUCAGACUCUUUAAACUAUUCCAGCUAAUAACCCUAUGUACACAUUUUCUUCUAUGAGUUUCACUCUCUACUCUGCUCAGCAAACUUGCUUAUCCCUGGUUGCCUGAGCUUUUAUAUUUUUUUCUUUUGGUCUGAAU